AUGGCAGAUAUAGGUGAUAAGUACAAUACAAAGUGUCCAGGUGUUAAAAGAUUAAUGAGAGAAGCCUUGGAGUUAGCAGAAGCCACUGAAGAAUAUUGUGCGCGUCCAAUAGAAGAUAACUUAUUUGAAUGGCACUUUACAGUUAGAGGACCUCCAGGUACUGAUUUUGAUGGUGGAAUCUACCAUGGUAGAAUAUUACUACCUAAGGAAUAUCCUAUGCACCCUCCUCAUAUAAUACUACUUACUCCUAAUGGAAGAUUUGAGGUCAAUAAGAAAAUAUGUUUAUCAAUAUCUGGAUAUCAUCCUGAAACAUGGCAACCUUCGUGGUCUAUAAGGACUGCCCUCUUGGCUUUAAUAGCAUUUAUGCCAACACCGGCAGAAGGUACAAUUGGUUCACUUGAUUAUACACCAGCUGAGCGUAAAGCUUUAGCAAAAAAGUCUGUAAGCUGGACAUGUUCCGAAUGUGGUGAUAUUGCAUUAUUGUUGUCAUCUAACGCAGCUAAGCCAGUUACUGAAGAAGAAAAAUCAGUUUUAGACCAAAUUGCUUUUAAAGGGGAGGAAGAACAAGCUACAAAACCACCUGAACCAGAACCUACUUAUGAGCCUGAACCUCAAGUAUUGGAAUCUGUUGAUACUAGUACUACUGUUUUGGACCAAGUCCUUGAGAUAAUUGUUGCUUUACUGCUUGGAGCCAUUGCCAUUUUUAUCUAUAGGCGGUGGAAUGCUUAUGCACAAGUUGACACUGAAUUGUAA